CAGGAUGGUAGCAGCAGGUAAGGAUACUGCCAGUUACAUCGAGAAAGUUCGAAAGGAUCUCGGACGUUCGAGAACCAAGGAAUUCUCAGCUCACAAUUCUAAAGCUCACUGUGUAGCAUGGAACUGCACUGGCAAAUACAUCGCUUCAGGAUCUCUUGACAAAACAGCGUUUGUACAGAGUUUUAAAGAAGAUAGACUGAGUAAGGAGUUCAGUCUGAAGGGACACGAGGAUGCAGUGGACCAGAUCGCAUGGCACCCCUCGGAUCCUAACAUGCUCAGUACCGUCUCCACUGACAAAACUCUCCGACUAUGGGACAUUCGCACUCCUCAGAAAACAGUGGCCUGCAUCACAACAAAAGGAGAAGUUAUCAACAUGACGUGGAAGAGUGACGGCAGCACAAUUGCUCUGGGGAACAAGGACGACAUGGUCUGUUUUGUGGACUACAAGACUCAUAAGAUCAUAGCUGACAAACAGUUCGAUUUUGAGGUUAACGAGAUUGGAUGGAACAAUACUGAUGAGCAUUUCUAUCUCACUUCAGGUGAUUCUCGCACAGGUAACGGUUCAAUCCACAUCACCCAAUACCCCUCACUGGAGCCCCUCCUCCAAAUCCCAGCCCACACCGCGCACUGUAUCUGUCUCAAGUUCUCGCCCGACAAACAGCGCUUCGCAACGGGCGGCGCGGACGCGCUCAUCAACAUAUGGGACGCCUCAGAGCUGUCUUAUCUAACAUCCUACUCAAGGCUAGAGUGGCCGGUCAGGACGUUAUCUUUCAACCACGACGGCAGGUUACUGGCUGCCGGGUCUGAGGAUCUGGUUAUUGAUAUAGCACUUGUGGAGACGGGAGAGAAGGUAGCGACCGUGUCUUGUAACGCAUUUCCGUUUUGUGUCGCCUGGCACCCAUCCCAGAAUCUGCUAGCAUACGUUACAGACGAUAAAUCUAAACAUAAUGAGAAGCACUCCAGAGACAGUGAUAAAACCACUGGGUGUGUGAAACUGUUCGGGUUGUAGGCCUUAUCUUAAUAACUAUGGUUAUUUAUUUACUUUUUAAGAUGAGAUUUAAAUCUAUUUGGCAAUAUUUUUACCGCCAGAAGCAGACUUUUAAAUUUUAUAAUUCAUCAUUAUUAACGAAUGUUUUACUAUUGAACGGAUGUUCUGAUUGUCGAUUUAUUUGACUGUAUCAUAUUA